AUGGGAAGUGCAGAGGAAAUGCACGGAUGGACAGUAAAAAUGAGCACGCCGAGUGUUUUGGCUGUGGUGACGGUCUUUUCUAUGAUUCCUGGCGGGGUGCUGAGCGAUAUAAGAGGUACUCAGGGUCUGGAAGCCCAACAAUUGGCCCAGGGGUCCACUCAUCUGCACCGUCGCCUGAAGAGAGGCUGGAUCUGGAAACAGCUGUUUGUCCCAGAGGAAGAUCCCACUCCUCGCGUUAUUGGCCAGCUCAGAUCUGAUUCUGACCGAGGCGAGUUUUCUAUCAAGUACAUAUUAUCAGGGGAAGGCGCCGGAGAUGUGUUUGAGAUAGAUGAGUAUUCUGGUGAGAUCCGAACGCUGAAGAAGCUCGAUCGUGAGGAAAAGGCCUUUUACGUCCUUCAAGCCCAGGCUAUCAACAGGAGGUCCAAUGAACCAGAGGAGCCCCAGUCAGAGUUUAUCAUCAAGGUGCAGGACAUCAAUGACAAUGUCCCCCAGUUCCAGAACGAACCGUAUGUGUCCAGCAUUCCCGAGAUGUGUCCAACCGGGACCACAGUGGCCCAGGUGACAGCCACAGAUGCUGAUGAUCCCAUGUUUGGAAACAAUGCCAAGCUCAUCUACUCCAUCCUGCAGGGGGAGCCCUACUUCUCUGUGGAGCCGAAGACGGGGAUUAUUGUAACAUCUUGGCCAAACAUGGACCGUGAGGCCAGGGAGCAGUACCUGGUGGUGGUGCAGGUGAAAGAUAUGCUGGGCCUCAGCGGGGGUUACUCCUCCUCCACCACAGUCACCGUCAGCCUGACUGAUGUCAACGACAAUGGACCCACAUUCCAGCACCACUUGUACACCUUCGCCGUCCCUGAAAAUGCAGCCGUGGGCACCACAGUGGGCAGGAUCAUGGCAGAAGAUGGAGACAUUGGCAUCAAUGCCAAAAUGACCUACAGCCUGAACGAUGACCUGGAGGAAAGCUCCACUUUCAUCAUCAGAACAGACCCAGUGACGCAGGAGGGAGUGGUUCUGCUAGCCAAGCCUUUGGACUAUGAAACAAAGAGGCGUUUUGUUAUGGCUGCAGAGGCGGUAAAUGACCAUGUGGACACUCGUUUUCUGACUUUGGAGGAGUUCAGGGACAGGACAACGCUCAAGAUUGUUGUGGAAGAUGUGGACGAGCCACCUGUCUUCCUCUCACCAGCCUACGAGUGGAAAGUUCCUGAAAAUGCAGCUGUGGGAACUGUGGUUGGCAGUGUUAGCGCCAGAGACACUGACACAGUCAACAAUCCCACCAGAUAUUCAAUUGACAAAAGGAGCGAUGGCACAAAAGCUUUCAAAAUAGACCCAAACAAUGGGACCGUAACUGUCGCUAGAGCUUUGGACCGAGAGACUGCAAACUGGCACAAUGUGACUGUUGAAGCCAAGGAAACAACACAGAACCAUUUAUCCUCCUCUGUGGUGGUGUUCAUCAAAGUGCUGGACAUAAACGACAAUGUGCCAAGGCUCGCAAGAGAUUACCAGCCAUAUAUCUGUGAGGGGACACAGGCAGGAGAACUUAUUCAGCUGCUCAGUGCUGUUGAUCCCGACGACCCCGUGGAAGGACACCACUUCUACUUCUCUAUGGUCCCUGAGAAGCACAUCAAUCCAAACUUCACUAUCAGAGAUAAUCAAGACAAUACAGCCAGCAUCGUGGCACGCAGGAGUACUUUCACCCGCAAGGAUCGAACCCAGUACCUUCUGCCUGUGGUGGUGACAGACAGUGGCUCUCCAGCCCUCUCCAGCACCAGCACUUUGACCAUCAGAGUGUGCAGCUGCCAUCCUGCCGGCCAUUGUCCCACAGGAGGGGUGGAAGCCCUUGCUCUUUCCAUGGGGGUCAGCCUGCAAACAUUGUUAGGGCUUCUGGUCUGCCUGGUCACACUCACGGUGCUGUCAAUUCUAAUGCUGAUGGUGAGGAGACACAGGCGAAAACAGCAGGAGGGGCAGGAGGUAGAGGUGAAGGAGCUGGAGCUGCCUGAGACGGUGUCGCAGAAGGUGCUGUAUUACGGAGAACCAGGGGUUGGUGGAACAGACCUGGACUUCUGCCAGCCUGUCGUUCCGCUGCGCCACCACCCCCACAGGAGGAGGGAGAGGAGGCUGCGGAGGGAGGAUGUCAGGGCCAGCAUACGGAUGUCCCUCAGAGAGUCGCACCUCAUUGGGCCAGAGGACGAGGUCUUCAGGCAGUUUAUUCUGGACAGGCUGGCAGAAGCUGAUCAGGAUCCUUACGUUCCCCCAUUUGACUGCCUCAGGACCUAUGCAUAUGAGGGGUCAGGAUCUCCCACAGGGUCCCUGAGCUCACUGGAGUCUUCUACUUUAGAGGUAGUACCCGAGCAACCUGUUUGUAAUCCCAGACCCUAUGUAGUGAGGCUUACCCCUUGGUAUGGUGGAGGAGAGGAGGACACCACCUUCUGAGAGGCUCUUCCUCUAAUCUUUGCGUGACAGCAGGAAUAGUUUGAAAUUUUGUGAAAUAUGCUUAUUGGGUUUGUUGCCAAGAGUCAGACAACAUGAUCACGAUCACUCUCAUGUUUGAACAGUAAAUAUAAAGUCUUAAUGCUAAGCUAAGCUAACCAACUGCUGGCUUUACCUUCAAAUUUACCGCACAGAAAGAAAGUGUGUAUUUCCCAUAAUGUCAAACUAGUCCUCUAAAAAUAAACUCAUAUACUACAUAAGAACUAUUGCUAUUGAGAUAAGCUAAGAACUAUUGUUGGUAAACUUUUUAUAACUGGACCCACUUUUGUUUGCUGAAUUUUUUUAUUCUGUGUGUAACUGUUCCAACAUAAAUUACAUGACUUAGAGCUACAACAGAGUUUAAGUAUGUUCAACUUUAGGCCUUCUAAACAAAGGAUGAGGGUUUGCCCCUAGACUCACAACUCUGCAACAAUCAAUGCUAUCCAUAGUACAUGAUUAUAUACAGCUGUUUUUUUAAUUUGGACAAAUGCUAAAAAUGAUCAGCGUUUUGUUUCCCUGACAAGUGACCUUUUUGCGGUUGUGCAAAUAAUGACUGUCGUCUUUAAGAAUGGCAGAAACAGACGUAGCGUGGUGUAAUUAUACUGCUGAAAAACCUCUUAACAAACAGGUCAGGGUGCAAGGAUGGGUGUACAAAGCACAUGACCUAAACUCCUUUCUCCUAAAACAGUGGCUCAUUAUGUGUUUGUGAAGUUUUCAUGGCAGAACAAUUGCCUAAUGAGACCUCCAGCAGACAAGGAGCAACAUUAGUGUUCAUUUGAAGUCAUAGUGACUAAUGAAUGUGGUCCACGCUCCUUCUGAUUUGGCUUGUAGCUGCACUACAAUAUUCACCAGCUGGAAUCUUUGUUGUUUUGUCCUGGGCAGGUAGUGCACAGUGGGUUUAGUAGAGUUUUUUUGUUUGUUUGUUUGUUUUAAAUUUUGAAAACAGCUACCUGCUGUAGAUGGAAACUAGGUUGUUGAGGGCAGAGUUUGCAGGCUGGAAAACCAAAACAAUGAGGUUAAAGUGGUUAAAGCGUUCGUUUUGUUGCCUUUGUUUUGUGUUGAAAGUUGACAGGCGUUUUUCGCAAAUUUGGCAGGAAUGUUAAGGGGAGAGCUGAAGGGAAAUGUAAAGCGGGGUGGUCACUUUGAGCAACCUCUUAACAUUGCACAUAUUCAUUUUAUCUAUUGCUACUGUAAAAUAAUAAUGUGCAGCUUUAACCUGGUACUUAACCAGACCUUAUUUAAAAAAGGUGGCAGAUCAGAAAUGAUAUAAUUGGUCACAUGGGUUGAUUUAUAAGGCACGGAUUCAUGCUUUAAGGAUUGCGGUCAAUUACAGUGUGGCAAUACCAUACUCACUGUAUAAAAGCUAUAGUAUCACAGACGAAUCUCUGGCAUUACUUGUAAUAUUAUUCAGUUCUUAUCGUGUUGUUGUUUCACAUUUGGCAUUUGGGCUUAUAACCUAUGUGACUUUGUAUUUGGCAUUAAGGAAUUCUAUAAAUGUAUGAAAUUCUCUUGAUACGUGUGUGGCAACAUAUCUGUCUACAUGGAGAUUUUAUUUCCUGGAUAGCCUUAUUCUCACAGAAAUUAAAGUUCAUAUGCAGAAGAGUAAGUUUUUAAAAUGUAUUAUGCUGUAUGAUAUGACUCUGCUUUCUGUUGAGUCACCAGAGAGCCCAUCGCACUACUCGUGUCAGCCAAUCAGCGAUGGAGAGAGCACAUGGGUGACUAGCAGCAAAACUCCAGCAAAGUAAGGUUGAAAGAGGAGAAGAAGUUAGCCGAGGCUUGAUUUGAAAUGUAUAAAGGAAGUGAAACUCUGGAGAAACACAACAGCUGGAGCCCUAUGAAAAAGCUCAUAUUACACUGUACGGUGCCUGGCUCUCUUCCUUCUCCACGGCCAUUUACAGUGUUAUUGGCAAACACUACAUGCUCACAGUUAGUUGUGUGGGCGGCUGCUUGCAGCGUGACUUGAGGUAAUUGCAUGGUGAUCAGGUCAGCCCUCCCAUCACCUUCUCAUCCGCUAAUUGGGCUGUUUGCUGUCUGUGAAGGUCACUGUUUGGACCAGAGAGAAUAUAGUUCUCACUGAAGCAAAA